UCACCCAACAAAGAUUCAAACUCUUUAGCAUCAAAGAAAGGAAAAAAAAAAAAAAAAAAUUUGGUCAUCAAUGGCAGAGUUAGAGAACCCAAAGCUGAUGACAAACCUCAUCACUUUUCUCUCUUCUCUGCUUCAAAGAGUAUCAGAAUCCAACGACAUAAACUGUCAAUUUCAACCUCAGAAAAUCUCAGUCUUCCAUGGCUUAACUAGACCCACCAUAUCCAUUCAAAGCUACCUGGAGAGAAUCCUCAAGUAUGCCAAUUGUAGCCCCUCUUGCUACAUAGUUGCUUAUGUUUAUCUGGAUCGGUUUGCUCAGAGACAACCCUCUUUGCCAAUCAAUUCAUUCAAUGUUCAUCGAUUGCUGAUUACAAGUGUUCUGCUUGCUGCCAAAUUCAUGGAUGAUAUGUACUACAACAAUGCUUUCUAUGCAAAAGUUGGAGGAAUAAGCACAAUAGAGAUGAACUUUCUUGAGGUGGAUUUCCUAUUUGGUUUGGGUUUCCACCUAAAUGUGACACCCACCACAUUUCAAACCUACUGUUCCUAUCUCCAAAGAGAGAUGUUGAUCUUGCAGCCUCCUCUCAACUUAGCAGAUUCUUCUCCAAAUUCAGGAAAAUCUUUAAAACUCCAAUAUAUGUGCUUCAGUGAGGAAGAAUCUUCACUUCAGAAACAUCAGCUGGCUGUUUAAGCUCAAAAGAGCUAGUUUAAUUUCCGCAAGAUAUAAUUAGAUAAUAUAGACUAGGUAGUUUCUCUAUUUGUUCCAUAUAUUUGCAAAUUGGCAAUCAAAUUGAACUUCUUAACAACUUUUCUCUUUUGGUUGUAAUUUGUUUUUUUUUUUUCCCCUUUAUUUAUUUUUUUUUGUUUUUUUUGUGUAUUUUGAAUUUAUUUGGAAUAUGAAUGUGUACAUACAGAUUGAAGUCUUUGCUUUA